AGACCGUGAAUGCAUCACAGAGAGAGUGAUAGAAGCCGGAAGUAGCAGUUAGUUAAACUCAGACCACCAGAUAGUCGAAAUAAGUUUCUGGUGUUGGGGGACACAGAUGAAGAUGGUUUUGAUGUGACAUGAAUUUUAUUUUAGUCCUGGUCCUUUUAGGAUCGGGACUGACGGUUGACAGCGGUGAGUUUGACCUUUAAGACAUUUAUACCAAAAACGCGCUUGUUGUUUUCAUUUCUACUCUUCGUACUUCUUCAAACUUUCAACUUUUAAUUUUCUUUUUACUACAAAAACAGGUGAGGACUUUCUGCUGCACUUUUUAGAUGUGACGAUAGAUGGUUAAAUGUGUGUAAUCUCAGUCAGUCCAAAAAAGUCAGUAACAAUUUAAAAAAGUAGGUACUCUGGUGUCGGUGCUGUUUAGUGCUAUAUUAAAACUGUCCUAAUGCAACAUGAACUUUACAAACUGUACAAAAUACGAUAAUGUUUACGCUUCCUGUUUGGGGGCUGACGUCACGGUGAGGUCACGGCGUUAGCGUCACUGGAUAGGUAACCUGGCGUACCUGUGGAAGAGUUCAGAAAACGGUCUUAUUUACAUUAAAAACGGUUCAUGUGAGAUACCAGGGGAAGCACACAGGUGAAGAGGUUAGACAUCUAUUUACAAAAACACAUUUUUAACUCUGUAAAGUGAAUUUAGUCUUUAGUUUGAUUAGAAUUGUGUUCAGACCAAAAAAGAUCAUUUUAAAUGUGUUUUCUACAUCAAUUGUGGUAUCUAUGAGCUACAACAUGAGGACAAAAACAUAAAAGUCCACCAUACACGGGGUAAGUUGACCAUAGGAGACCACUUUUUUUGGCAUGUUAUAUUAUCAAGAUUACCGUUCUGUUUACACUCAUUCUGUUGGUUUUCAGGGAUGAACAACAUCCUGAAAUAUCUGCAGAUACACGAGUUAGAGACCAAACUAGGACUGACUUGAUGUAGUGAUCUGAAAUAUGAAAAAUGGAUCAUCUUACCCCACUCUCCCCUAACAUCAAAUCUCAGAUUCAGGGUCCCAUGAUUUGAUAAGGUCAGACUUUGUACAUCACUCUAUGAUCCAGUUGAAUAUGGAGCUGAAUGGUAGAUCAAUAGUUUGUUGAGGGUCUCUAAAUAAUCAGUCUGCUGUUAGAAAUGAUGUUUUCGUCAUGUUUGUAUUUGAAAAUGGAGCUGUAGUGAUGUAAGUCAAAUUACAGACUCUGACUAUGAAGCCAUAUCUAAUAUAACAUCACCUGUGUGUGUCCCAGAGAGGCAUCCAGAGAGGCACUCCCUCAUGUACAUGUACUCCGCCUUCUCCAAACCUAUCGGGCUCCCUGGCAUCCAUGACUUCACUGCCAUGGGUCUGCUGGAUAACAGGAUGAUCGACUACUACGACAGUGACAUCCAGAGGAAAGUCCCCAAACAGGACUGGAUGGCAGAGCGGCAGCAUAGAGAUUACUGGGAUCAGGGAACACGGUCCCGUCAGGGCAAGCAGAAGUGGUUCAAAGAAAACAUGGAGAUCCUGAUGGACCGGAUGAGGCAGAGCCGCUUAGGUAAGAAACACGAAAGAUCAGGAUGAUGGAUUAUUUAGAGGACGCUCAAAUCACCAACUACGAGAAGAUUAGAGAUGAAUACUUAAUAUUCAGAGUUUUUCUUUAAUCUUCUACCCGUGUCAAUCUGAAAUCAUUUGAAUGCAGCCCCACAUUUAAACACACACACAGAUACUGACCACUACUGCUGAGGUUUCCUCCUUUCUUCAGCAUGUCGUCUUGUCUGAUCGUCAGUUUUUUUGGUCACUCACUGCCCGCUCCUCCUCUCACCUCGGGUUUCAGACAUCCAUACUCUUCAGUGGAUUCACGGCUGUGAGGGUGAAAUGCAGCCUGAUGGCACCCUGGGGUUCCUGAGAGGCACUGACAUGUACCGCUACGAUGGAAACACGUUUCUGUUCUUGGAUGAAGCCGAUGGAGGCUGGGUGGCAGCGAGUCCAGCGGCAGAACCAAACAAGAGGAAGUGGGACGGAGUGCAGGUCUCGACAGAAUACCUGAAGAUCCAGUGCAUUGACUGGCUGAGAGUUUUCGUUACAUAUCUAAAAGAGCAGCUUCGAACAGCCAGUAAGUCCCACAGAACAGAGUCAGGUGUGGUUAAAUCACGUCAACAUAAUCUCACUUUGCUGUGUUUGUCUGCAGAACCUCCUACAGUCCGCAUGUUUGCAGUCAACUCCAAUGUUAAGACCACCGUAGUUCUGACGUGCCUGGCCACGGGUUUCCUCUCUAAAGAAACUGACCUGUUCAUCAAAAUGGAUGGAUACACGUUAACAAGAAAGGACGGCAUCAGAUCUACGGGCACUCUUCCAAACGACGACAACACCUUUCAGAGGAGAGACAGCGUUGAGAUUUUACGGGGAGAAUCGGGGACGUUCACCUGCGAGGUGUCGCACAGAGUUUCAAACUUCAGUAUUAUUGAGACCUGGGGUAAGAAACUUUUUCUUCCUGAUUUCUGGAGAAUUUUUAUAAAUCUAAAAUAGUUGGGUUGACCAAACUUUUUAGGAAAUGCUCGAUACAGAUACGGCCUUUUCUGGUGGAAAUUGGGGGUGAUUGUUAAAACCAGAUAUUCUGUCCAUAGGGGGCGACAAACUCCGGCUAAUUUGAAUUUGCAGCAUUAUAACACUCCCCCACUUCAACAACAUUUAACCACGUUAAAACUGAACCUUUAUGAUAUAAAUUCUGUUGACUGUGAAACUAAUUUGAGUUUAUUCUGUUUCAGAUAAAAGUCUUCCUCCUGACAGCAGCUCUGCAAACUCUGCAGGGAUCAUUGCUGUGGCAGUACCGGUGCUGUUUGGGCUGAUAGGCCUCAUUGUGAAAUUAGUACUCCUGUAUAAAAAGGGUGUUUUUGGUAGGUGACUUGAUUACUGAUUAAAUGUCUUUUCAAUCUUGAAAUAUCACAUAAACAUACCUCUGACCAGUCAAAGCUCGAAGCAGAUUUAUGCAUCAAAAUUGACUCCAUCCACGAUGAAAAACAGUCUGUUGUUUUCUUUCAGGAACAGAUCGUGAAGAUGAAUCCCCAGAGGGUAAGCGCGAUUUAAAGCAUGUUCACAGACAUCUCAGUGGGCUGACAAACUUCUCAUUUGUUCUUUAUCAGCAUCUGAACUCCACCUCAGCUGUGAAAUAACUUGGUCAGCUUUUACUUUACUCCGGAUGAUCGCUGAGUCUCUCCAUCUGUAAUCCCUCUGCUGUUGUAGUCAUGAGCGGUAAACUUUCCUCACAGAUGUGCGGAGACGCCCACAGCUUUGAAUUUUUAAAUGAUCCUCCUUUCUCAGGCAUGAAGAGGGGAAACGUCUUAAUCUUGGGUCAGUAGUUUAUUAAAGAUGAGUGGCCUGUUGAACCAGCUGUGUGCGAGUAAUGUCUCUGAACACCAUGACAGCAUCAGGUUCAGCUUCAUUAGUAGACCGAAAUAUUGUCACAGAUAGGAUUGAGUAGCCAAUCAGAGAGAAGCUUUCCUCCUGAUGGAGGAUUUAAGGACUCACUCUCCUGCCUGACCGCCUACAAACAGACUAAAAAAUAACAGCUGUUAACUCCCGUUACUCAUGAAGCAGCAAAGAUGUGUAAAAUAUGACAAAACUGUACUGUGAUAAUUUAUUGUGUAAAUAUUAAACUUUAGUCCUGAUGUGGGUCUCGAUGUUUUGUAUGUUUUUGUAGGUGAUGAAAGCAGCAACACAGGCAGGGAAGAAUUUCAGCUUACAGGUCAGUGUGAAACACUGGUGCAGCCCUCACGGUUCGGUCAUGGCGGAUCUGAAUUUUGAUCUGGAUGAGCUCAAUAAAGACACCAGAGGGAUCAUCUAAUUCAAAUUCAGCUGUAUUUUUAUGGCACUUUUCAGACAAAAAAUCCAAUUCAAAGAGAAAUAUAAAACGCCAAUUAGUGAAAAGCCUGGGAUUAUAAUAUCUGGGAUAAUCAGUUACAAGAUCUUUUUGUUGUGGCGACAUAGCUCAGUGCGCCGGUUGAUAGGGGAAAGAUCAUUCAUAUUAAUAACACAUUUCACAGACACACAGAGGUGUGGUUCAGAUUGGUUGUGUGGACCUCAGAGUAUUUAUGGAUCCAGACUGGGUCAGGUCUCUCUAGGGCCGGUUCCAUUUACUGAUGUAUUAAGCUCAUCUUGUUGUUUUUUCAGAAGAACUUCGUGGCAGCAUCGACUCGGGCGUCUCAAGUAAGUCACUUUACCGACUGAUUCAAAUCUGCGUUAAACUGGUUUUAAAAGUGUCCCUGCUUUUUUCUCCAAUGCCGAACACAUGCAGAAGAAAUGAAUGAUAAAUGAAAAGCAGGUAAUCUUCAUGUCUGUUAUUGAAACUUCACUUAUACAAUCGUAUUUUGUCUAUUGCAGCUGCAGCUAGCAGUGGCAUCAGCUGUCCCACUCCUGAGUCCGAGAUUCUGAUGGACGGAAAAGACCUUGAGUGGUGAUCUUUAAAAUUGCUGCUGAAGGACAAAUAUAUUUGUAGUUUGCAGCAAAAGGAGCCAGCCAAGUGGUUACUACACGAUGGUUUUAAAGAAAAAAAGAGGAAAAUGUUUUCAUGACUGAGCCGGAAAGAGCAACAGAAGCAGGCAAAAAAAACUUCACCUGAGAAAACAGGUUUGCACGAGGUCGUGGGACUCACCUGAGGAAUGUGAACUACAGAGAACACACCAACAGACUGUUGGCCUUGACUUGACAAACAGACAUGACCUACACGAUGGUACACAGCCAACAAGAGGACCUCACCACUAAACCACCACCACGGUUUGCUCAUGCUGGACUGGACCUGACUCCCUACAACAGUGGGAUUGAACUGUAGAUGGUACUAAAAUCAUGCAGCCUGACCUCGGCUUUACUCAAACCUCAGACACUCAUAGUUAUGUGACAGGAAGAAGGAGAGUGUUUCCUGAUAAUGUGCAGAAACUCUUUUGUUUACACAGGAGGAGAUUAAUGUCAAGGUCAACAUGCACGGAUGACUUUGAAGCAGAUGUUUUUUCUGUGGUGGGAGUCAAACGGAGAGUUUUCUGAAUGUAUUGCAGUUUUACAAUGAAAGAAUAUUACCAGACAUUAUGAAAGUGUCCAGCAGUAGUUUAUGUUUUAAAUGCAGAAAUUUCAUCAGACUGAAUGUUGAAAUUUUUAUUCUGUUACUGUAAUAGUCAUAAAAAUACUCAUCUGUCGCCGCCAUCUUGUGACUUAACGGUAAUGAUUCAAAAUUCAUGUAGUAUUAAGUAUUAUUUUGGUGCUCCAGAUCAUGACUCAAAUUAACAUAAAUUAUCUGAUUAAUUGUGGUAAUUUCAUGAUCGAUAAACAGCAACAGACUACAAAUGGAGAUGACCAGAAAGAGACUUGGUCAUAGAUACGUGGUGGUGUGAUGGUUUAAACAGCAACCCUGUAUACAAGAGACCCUCAGCGGAGUUACAGCGUGGUUGUCAUAGUAACAGGCCCAAAGUCCCCAGUUUACAAGGUCGCUUUUUCAACGGUUACACCAAUGUCCGCCCGUACUGCUAACGUUACUGUUGGCAAGCUAACGUGACGUAAAAAUGAACACGGUCUCAAAAGUAUUCAGUUUUAAAAUAACUACCAAUAAUAACUAAUUCACUCGUGCAAACAUUUGUGUUUCCCUGUCGUAUUUAGGACUUUUGGACGUUAAAGUUAAACAGGAAGUGGUUGAAUGCUAACGUUAGCUAAAGAACAUUAAUAAGAAUGGUGUUUUUGUUGUUGUUGUUUUUUUAGUUAUUUGUUAAAGUGAUCUCACUUUUACAUAAAAUGUAAAACGUAUUAAAUAUUUGCCAGUUGACUACGAGUCUGUCUUAAAUAUGAUGCUGUGACUACACAUGCCAAAGUCUAAAUAGGCUGAUGUUUCACUCUUUUUCUCCACUUUUCACAGACUCUAAGAGCUGACAUCGAAGUUUAACAUUGAUUGUUUUUAUUUGUUUUGAAUUGAUUGUCUGAUUUGUGAAACUGUUUAUAAUUUUGAGUUUCAGUUUCAGUUACGUUUACUGCUAAAAUAAAGCACUUUUUAAUGAA